GGAAUGGUAAUGUGAUUUUUGGUGCAAUUAAUCCAACUCUUUAUUAUUAUGCCCUUCAUAUGUGUAUGUAGAUAUAUGAAGAGAUCAAAUCUUAAUUACGAAUUAUUCAAGUACGGUUAGGAUUAGCAGAUAAAAUGUAGCCUUUUGCUAACUUUCUCUUGAUCCUGAUUACUGAUCAUUCAUGUGAUAUUGAAGAAUCAAGAUUUUCUUUCCUCAUCUUUCACAAAGACAAUGCUUUUACUUUAUGGGAAAUAGCUUGACCUGUUAUUUAGUUGUUGUGACAGAGUAUUGCUGGAUUAUUGUUCCUGGCAAUGGUUGUCAUUAAUUGUAAUGUACAUAUUUGCCAUCUCAUCAUGCAUGCUAUGGCAUUAUAUAUUCGCUACUUGUAGUACAUAUCUUGCUCAUGAAAUUUGGGGAUGUGCACCUACUCUUGUCUAGAAUGAAUCGGUAUAAAAUGCUCACUUGUGUAUAAAAUAUUUUUGGUUUUCAUUUUCAGGGCGAUUAUUUAUUGCAGAUACAAAUAACAGCUUAAUCCGAUAUCUGGAUUUGAUAAGUGAUGAAUUUUUGCUUCAUACUUUAGAGCUUAAAGGAUUUCAGCCUCCUAAACCGAAAUCAAGAUCUUUGAAACGCCUCAGAAGACGACCAUCAGCCGACACAAUGACUAUUAUGAUUGAUCCUAUUUCAUCAAAUGAGGGAAACUUGUAUAUUGAUAUUGCAUUACCAAAUGAGUAUCAUUUCUCAAAGGAAGCACGCAGUAGAUUUAGUGCUGAUACCGAACCUGCGGAUGCUGUAAACAUUGAUCCUUUGGACGGAUUCCUUAGUUCAGAAGGAUCAGCAACGCUUCGCUUUAAGAGGUUAUCUAACUCGGCUUCCAUGGGUAGAAUUAAUUGCAAGGUUUACUAUUGCAAGGAAGAUGAAGUAUGUUUGUACCAAUCUUUGCUGUUUGAGAUUCCCUUCCGAGAGGGAGUUCCUAGCGCUAACAAGGCAGACGUCACUCUUGCUCAUCUUGUGAAGCCCAAAACUCCCAACAACUUCUUACUGCCCUCGGUUGCCCCGUGACUCCUUAAUCCAGGUUAAUUUAGCACACACUAUCUCGCGCUCAUUUUUUGCCUUAAAAUAUAUAACAAUCAAAUGCUCGAGAGUUGAGGGGUCGUGAGCUUUCUUCACACAAAAUCAAGGUUUUCUUUUUUAUUUCUGUCUUUCCUGCUUCUAUUACACUGUAUUUCGUUGUAUAGCCAUUUUAAAUAACUUUUUUUCUCUCUUAUUUUUCAUGUUAUAUAUCAAUAUAUUAUAAUAUAUCAGCACGUGAUCGCUAUUAUAUAUCAA